AUGAUGCAGAUCGGUUACAUCAAGAGUCUCCUGACAGUCUUAUUGACGAUUGUGUCGUUAUCUUCCGCACAACAACAACAACAGCAACAAGAUCACCAUUCCGUCCUCGUCAAGGACCGAGAACUUCAACAACAAGUGCAACAAGUACCACAACAGCAACAACAAGGACAUCGAAGAGAGCAAGUAACAUGUGAACGAGGAAACAGAACUCCUUUCCAGAGCAGAAUCGAACUGAGCCUAGCUGUCACUCUUUACGCCAUCACCAAUGGGGCGGACAUUAGUCAACAGGCUGUCUAUGGGACUCCAAUCAAUUGUUGGGAUGUUUCCCGAAUUUCCAUCAUGACGCGAUUAUUCGAGGGAAGAUCCACUUUCAAUGCCGAUAUUUCGGGGUGGGAAGUCUCCCAAGUGACCAAUAUGGAUCGCAUGUUUGCCAAUUGCACCUCGUUCAAUCAACCCUUGGAUUCGUGGGACAUGUCGGGGGUGACCUCGGCGAAUGCCAUGUUUGAAAAUGCCCGGUCCUUCAAUCAGGAUCUAUCCUCCUGGAACUUGCAAUCGUUGAACAGCGCUUCGGGUAUCUUCAGUGGGGCAUCUACCUUUCGACAAGACUUGUGUGCUUGGAGCGACCAGUUGCCAGCUUCGUUUGCUUCGAAUCAAAUGCUUGGUGGGUUCCGAAGUACAAACUGCCCCUUCUUGACUGAACCAGUCUGUACACCGGACCAAGGAGGAUGCCAAGGUCCAUUUUGCUUUGCUUGUCCGACGGGACCCACGACUCCCGUGCCAUCCAAAAGUCCCACCAUGAUGCCAUCGUUAAACCCCACGGGUGCAACACUAGCUCCAAGUUCCAUGCCAUCCAAGGCAGGGACAAAAGCUCCAACCCUUCCACCAACAAAAAGACCUACGCCGCUUCCGUCGGCAUCGCCAUCUAGCAGGCCUACCAUCAAGCCGACACCAAACCCAACCGUCACGCCUGGAGAACCCACACUGUCACCUACCAUCACUGCUUCGAUCAAUCCCACCAUUGCCCAGUCCAGCAAGCCAUCUCCUCCACGUCAGGUAGGCGACCUACCAACCCCACCACCUGUACCGACGGCUCCGCUUCCACCAGCUGCUCCGACGGCUCGUCCGGCCGGUCCACGACCCACCUGGAAUCCAACCGAGGCUCCUUUUCGAGAUGACAACAGCGCUGCAACUGCUGCUGCUGGAAGGAUGUCACAAUGGAUGAGAGCCAUGGUCGCAAUUGUAGCAGCAAUGGUGAUUUGUUGGUAA